AUGUUGUCGAUUCCGACUCUCCUCCGGCUUUCGGCCAUCGUCGGGCUCAUCCCGUCCGUCGCGGCUGCGGCUCUCUCGGUCAAUGCGCAAAAGGUGGAGGAUCGCGCCAUCACUCCGCUCACAUGUCUCUUCUUUGGCGAUAUCGUGUCCCCCUGGUGGCUCAACAGGUGCAAGCAGCAUCUCGACAUGGUUGUCAUCGAUCUCCGGUCCGCGGCUGAGUAUGCUGUGUCCCACAUCCCUGGCAGCAUCAGCGCCCCCUUUGAGCCCAUCUCGGCGUGGUCUCAGAUGGGGCCCGGUGAUCUUCUUUUGGAACUUCCCGAGUACAAUGAUCUCGCCGCCUUCCUCGGGUCGAUCGGUGUGAGCAACUCACCAUCCGCCACUAAAAUCGUCCUCGUCAACGGCGUCGACCCGACCUCCUUCUCCCAGGCCGCCUCGCCCCGCGUGGCCACCACUCUUAGGUUUGCUGGCCUGGCCGAGGGCCGAGUUGCCAUCCUGGAUGGUGGAUUUCCCGCCUGGACAAGGGAAUCCCUCCCCGUCACCACCGACGUUCCCGUUCCCGUCCCCCGCACGUUCGUCUCUGCUCCGGACAGAAGCUUCUUGGUCGACAUCAACUACGUCGCCUCCAAGCUCCACAAGAACAAGCAGGGCAUCUUCAUUCUCGACGGCCGUGACCCGGAUGUCUACAACGGCACCAGGUUGGAGGAGUGGGCUCUCAAGCCGGGCCACAUUCCCUCGGCCAAGAAUCUGCCCACCGCAAAUAUCUGGAACCCAGAUGGAAGCUUCAAGAGCACCUUUGAGCUUCUCGCCCUCCUCCGCCAGCAGAUCGGUUACGGCGCCUCCCGCUCUUACGGCGAAAUCAUAGUCAGCUGUGGUGUGGGAGGUUUCGGCAGUGGGCUCCUGUUUACGUUAACGAGGGUACUGGGUUUCGGUGACAAUGUGAAGUUCUAUGAUGGCAGCGCUCAGGAAUGGAGUCGUCACUUUGAUAUGGAGAUCUAG